AUGGCCUCUGCAGCACCGACUGCAAGGAGAGCCAGCUCUCACCGGCAGGGGUCAAUAAAGUCCCAGGACUGGCCCGAGGACGUCAACGGACAUUAUUCAGAGGAUGCGGAGGGUGUACAAUUCAGUGGUGAUGGACUCAACACUGGGGUCCGAGUCAUGAGUGACGGUCGGCUCGAUAUAAAUAUUAAUGAACAUAAGCCAAGCAUCGCGGGCUUGCUAAACCGCAUCCAGAAAACCCCAUUGGAACCAGACUUGGAGGAACUCGAGGCGAAGGAAACCCCGGAAGCAAUCCCGAGAGAUCUAGGAAAGGAUUUCCCAUUGAGCAUGAACCUUGUCAUACAAGUUAUUGGAUCCCGGGGCGACAUACAACCAUUCAUUGCGUUGGGGAAAGAGCUGAAGGCACAUGGACACCGAGUGCGAUUAGCCACCCACCUGGCUUUUCGGGAUGUUGUACUAGAUGCUGAGUUGGAGUUCUUCUGCAUAGGAGGAGACCCAGAAGAGCUAAUGGCCUUCAUGGUCAAGAACCCGUCCCUCAUGCCGGCCUUUAGUACGAUCCGAAGCGGCGCGAUCCAAAAACGUCGACGAGAAAUGAAAGAAAUCAUAUAUGGGUGCUGGAGGUCAUGCAUUGAAACGGGCGAUGGAACAAACCUCCAUCAAAUCAAAGAAGACCUUUGGAACGACACCAUUGAUUAUCGACGACGUCCAUUUGUUGCUGAUGCUAUCAUCGCAAACCCCCUAGUCUGGCCCAUAUUCAUUGUGCCCAAAGAUUAG